UGGCUGGCUGGUUGGUUGGCUGGCUGGCUGGCUGGCUGUGUGUGAUAGAGAGAGAGAGAACGUGCUACCAACACCUGCCAGGGCGAACUAAAGGAAAGGAAUUUAACCGCUAUUGCCGACGAUCCCUAUCUACUUAGUAUUUAAAGCCCAUCCAAAAAAGUUUUUAGGAAAGUUUGGAACUUUUUAUCUGGAUUAAAAACUAAAACGUCCACUAAUCGAUGUAUUAAGUCGACACCUUUGCCUACAAAUCCGUCUCGUCCCGUAUAAGCCGCAUUUGAACUAUCGACUGCAUGCGAGGGCAGUACUGGCGAGACAUACCGCGACAUUUAUCAACUUCCAGUCCCACAAGACAAAGCCUCACCCCGGGGAUUGAUUGUGGCGACCAAUCAAUUGCCAGGAGAGGCGCGCGCGCCGUCUUUUAUUGACUCCCAGAGUUGAAGAGUGCGCAGCGGGUCGAAGAUCCCGGAUGAGCACGCUCUCUGACAGAUGACGUCACGGCUGGUGAAGAGCGCCUGCGCGCGCUAAUGGCGGUCUAAGCGGCCGACUAUUGAAACACCUGUUUUAAAGAAGUUUUAAGACGGGGCUGGCCACACAAACAGCCCAUUUAAAACCAUGGCGGUCGAGGCGCGGAAGGCAAAAGGUUUUCACCAUCGCCGUCGCUGGUCCAGGUGCGCGUGGGUCGAGUCCUUGUCACACCUUGGCUCCGACAAACAAUGGGAAGAACUCUGCCUGUUCCGGUUGCGUGUGAAGUCUGUGGUGACAAGAGUUACGGGAAGCACUAUGGUGUCUACUGUUGUGAUGGAUGCAGUUGUUUCUUUAAACGCAGCAUCAGGAAAAAUAUUGCCUACACCUGCAUAGGAAAAGGGAACUGUGUCAUCGACAAGGCCCGGAGAAACUGGUGUCCAUACUGUCGUCUGCAAAAAUGUUUCGCCGUUAAUAUGAACAGAAACGCUGUCCAAGAAGAACGGGGUCCGCGCAAAAACAAAGGCACAAAGCGAGCGUCCAUCUUGGCCCGCAGGUCAGCGCAGCACGCACUCCCCGCACCUCCGUUCGGCACAGCGCCCCCUGUCUCCAUGGCGACCCGCGUGACCCCAUACGAGUCCAGCGUGACGUCACUGGAGCCAGGUCUGGCGUGGAGCCCGGUCUUCAGCGCUUUCCGGCGGGUGACUCCCCGAGGACCGACUCUGCACCCGUACCACCCGAUCCACCCGCUGCUGGCCUGGCCGCUGCCUGCGUCACUUCCGGCCAUCCUGUUUGGGAGCGUCACGGGCGCGGCGGACUGUCUCAGUGCGGGGGCUCAAGAACCACGUGAUGUCCAGAGAUUUCUUCGCCACACUGCGCAUCAGAUCCUCCUGUCGUGCCUCAGAAGGACUCAGCACAAUUAUUUUUUCAAAGCCCUCCAUCCGCGAGAACAGGAGGCGCAGCUGGAAUCCCAUUGGUCAGAAGUGUUUCUCUUGGCGGCCUCCUAUUGGCCAGUGGACAUUUCAUGCAUAAUCUCGAAACUGCUGCGCGUGAGCGGCUCGGUCCAUGACGCAGACGAGGAUCACGUUUUGUGUGGAGUUCAAAAGGUCAUCAGCACGUGCCAAGCUCUCAAUGCUGACGUCACAGAACUUCCUUUCUUGGAGACUUUGAUUUUGCUUCGACAAGGUCAGCGCGAGGCGGAGGUGGAGUCCGGUCGUCUGGACGCCCUCCAGGAGCAGGUGCAGCUCGCGCUUGCGCACUACACGCAGCACGCCUUUGUCCACGCGCACGUCAACACGCAGCCUUCCUCGCCUUCCUCGCUCACCCUGCCGUCAUCCUCCUCAUCAUCAUCGUCGUCAUCGACGACUGUCAUCGUCCCUUCUCCACCGCCAGGCGCGGUGGCCAGCGUGGUGGCGACGACAGCCCGGUUUGGUCGUCUGCUGCUGGUGUUACCCGCCCUGUCCACAGUCAGCGGAGAGAUGCUCGAGAAGCUUCUGUUCCCGGAUGUUUGUGUCAGUCAUCUCAUCCGCGCUUUCUUCUCCUGAAACUGUCUCUAUGGCAACCGUUACAGAAUGUGUGCGUGGGGUUACGGGUUUGUCUGUUCGUACCCUGAUAUGUUUUUGAUGGAAAAGUUUGGUUAUAAAGAAUAGGCUUUCAUCAAGAUGUCAUCUUGGCCAGGCUGUUGCUCACUGUUUAAAGCAAUAUUUAAAGAAGAAAAUCGAGUUUCUUAUCCAAAAGAUAUUAUUUCUAUUUUUGUGUAGAAACAUUUUUCUUGUUCGGGAAAUUCGAAGCAGCAUUUUCAUAGGAAGGCAUCGCCAUUUGUGUGACAACUAGUGACAGAUGUGUGUGUGUUACUGUAUGAAUAAAAAUGUUUUUAUGUUAUGAAAUUCAGUAUUUGGCUUUGCUUUCGUCAGUAUUUAUCUCUCACUCUCAGUCCAUCUUGCGUACACACGCACUCUUACCUAUUAAUAACAUGCGA